AUGACCGUCACUCACGGCGGGUCCGAGCUACGGACCAAACACAAGAUCGUGUCGGUGAGUACCCUUUGGUUACUGGUAUACCUCAAGUUGCUAACCAUGCUCGCAGUGACAGAACCUGGUGAGCCCGUCGAGUCGGACCCCCGCAGGCCUUUACUAACCCCAUCUCCAGGCGUCAAGUACACCUGCGACAGCUGUGGAGUCGACAUUACCCAUACUGUUCGCAUCAAGUGCGCCGCCAAGGAGUGCGAGGAGGUCGACCUGUGUCCCUCCUGCUUUUGCGAAGGCAAAGAGGUCCAGCGUCACAAGGCGUACCACCCGUACAAGGUCGUCGAACAACAUUCAUAUCCCAUCUUUGCAUCCGACUGGGGGGCCGACGAGGAGCUGUUGCUCAUCUCGGGUCUGAUCCAGUACGGUCUUGGCAACUGGGCCGAGGUCGCCGAGCAUGUGGGCACAAGAACAAAAGAAGAGUGCGAAAAGCACUACCUCGAAGUCUACCUGGGCGUCGGCGAUGGACCCGAGUGCAAGCGCGAUGACGACAUGGACAUUGACGGCACACCCGACCAGUACCGCAUCUACAUGCCGCCCAUGGCACGACGAAUCGUGGUGGAUACGGACGAUUUCCAGAGGAAGAAGAAGGCAAGGAUAGAGGAGAUGCGCAAACCACACGCGUUGCCAGCCUCUACGGCCCCAUUAGUCUCUGCACCGACCAACCACGAAGUCGGCGGCUUUAUGCCCGGUCGUCUCGAGUUUGAGCACGAGCUGGAAAACGAAGCCGAACUCACCGUCAAGGACAUGGAGUUUGGCCUCGUCUUCAAGUAUGGUGGCGACGAGCAGCCCCAGGCCAAGGUCACACGGCCUGUCGAGGAGGAGGAGGAGGAAGAAGACGAGGAAGGCGAGGACGGCGACGAGGACGUCAAGCCCAAGAAGGAAGACAUCGACGUCAAGGUCAAGGUCGAGGAGGAAGACGACGACGAUGAGGACGAAGAAGAAGAAGAAGACAACCCCAAAAAGCGCAAGGCCGAGGUCAUUCUCGACCCACCACAGGACCUCGAAGACGAAGACGAGCUGGAGAUCAAGCUCGCCAUGCUAGACAUCUACUUUAGUAAACUCGACAAGCGCGAGUCGGCAAAGGACAUUAUCUUUGACCGCGCAUUGACAGAGCAUAAGAGGAUCCUUGCCAACGAACGCAAGCGACCAAAGGAGGAGCGCGAGCUCGUGGGACGCUACAAGGUGUUUGCCAAGUUGCAAACAGGACAAGACUUUGAGGUUCUCAUCGAGGGCCUGAUUGUCGAGCAGCAGCUGCGCCGUCGUAUAGCAGAACUGCAAGAGUACCGCCGUGUUGGCGUCACCACUGCGGCCGAGGUCGAGGUGUACGAGACUGCCAAAGCAGCACGAGCCGGCUACCGACCAGUGCAGGCCCGCGAGCAGACCGAGGUCAUGCGCACGGGUGCCCGCAUCAACGCUGGUCAGCAUCGUUUCCUGCAUGGCACUCCACCACCUGGCGCCAAGAUCGACGACCGUGGAAGCCGAGACCCGACCCCUCGUGUGCCUGGCCACGGCGGCCGCAAACCCCCAACACCACUCAACCUUGCCAACGCGGCGUCGCUCGACCUGCUGUCGGCCGAGGAGCAGAACCUCUGCUCGACACUGCGUGUCCUUCCCAAGCCGUAUCUCAUGAUCAAGGAGACAUAUCUGCGAGAAAACGAGCGUCGCAAGGGCCUGCUCAAGCGCCGCGACGCGCGCAAGAUGAUGAAAAUCGACGUCAACAAGUCGGGUCGCAUCUUCGACUUCCUCGUCGCCAACGGCAUCCUCAAGCUCAUGUACGACCCCACCGUCAAGGGUCUGGGUCCUGGCAAAGAGGGUCACCACGUCGGCGUCGCCAUUGACGUGACAACCGGCCGCCCAUUACCCAACCUCCCGUCCCCCAUGACCCACAACAUCGUCAUGCCAGCCGGUAUCACCAACGGAGGCCCAUGA